AUGGAGUCCAUGCUGAACAAGCUGAAAAGUACUGUCACAAAAGUGACAGCAGACGUCACGAGUGCUGUGAUGGGGAACCCGGUCACACGAGAGUUUGAUGUAGGGAAACACAUAGCCAGCGGUGGCAAUGGGCUGGCUUGGAAAAUUUUCCAUGGCACGAAGAAAUCCACCAAACAGGAGGUUGCUGUUUUUGUGUUUGACAAGAAGUUGAUUGACAAGUAUCAGAAGUAUGAAAAGGAUCAAAUCAUAGAUUCUCUAAAGAGAGGAGUUCAGCAAUUAACACGUCUCCGGCACCCGCGGUUACUUACCGUACAGCACCCUCUUGAAGAGUCAAGGGAUUGCCUAGCAUUUUGCACUGAACCUGUUUUUGCAAGCUUAGCCAAUGUUCUUGGUAGUUGGGACAACCUUCCAUCCCCUCUCCCUGCCGACAUAAAAGAUCAUAAGCUCUAUGAUGUGGAAACAAAGUACGGGUUACUCCAGGUAUCCGAAGGCCUGUCAUUUUUACAUAGCAGCGUAAAGAUGAUUCACGCCAAUCUAACUACAGAAAAUAUCAUUCUAAACAAAAGCGGAGCCUGGAAAAUAAUGGGUUUUGACUUCUGCAAUCCAUCUGUAAAUCCUACAGAACAAGAGACCAAGUUCUUGUGUAAAGAAUGGGAUCCCAACUUACCGCCAUUGUGUUUACCGAAUCCAGAAUAUUUGGCACCAGAAUACAUAUUGUCAGUAAGCUGUGACCCUGCCAGUGACAUGUACUCACUUGGCAUUGUUGUACAUGCGGUAUAUAACAAAGGCAAAGCCAUCUUUGAAAUCAACAAACAAGAUAUUUACAAAAGCUUUAGUAGACAGCUGGACCAGCUGAGUCAUUUAAGUCCAAACAUCCUGGUGAAUAUCCCAGAAGAAGUCCGGGAACACCUGAAACUUCUUCUAAAUGUAACCCCCGCUGUUAGACCUGAUGCUGAUCAAAUGACAAAAAUUCCAUUUUUUGAUGAUGAUGUUGGUGCUGUGACACUGCAGUAUUUUGAUUCCCUUUUUCAACGGGAUAAUCUCCAGAAGUCCCAGUUUUUCAAAGGGUUACCAAAAGUUCUUCCAAAGCUGCCAAAGCGAGUUGUUGUACAACGUAUAUUGCCAGCACUGACUUCGGAAUUUGUGAACCCAGAUAUGGUUCCAUUUGUGUUGCCCAAUGUUCUGCUUAUAGCAGAGGAGUGCACCAAGGAGGAGUUUACCAAACUUAUCCUACCAGAUCUGGGCCCUGUCUUCAAGCAGCACGAACCUGUACAGAUACUUCUAAUAUUUCUGCAAAAAAUGGAUCUCCUUCUCACCAAAACUCCAGCAGAUGAAAUAAAGAACAGUGUGUUACCCAUGGUGUACCGGGCGCUGGAGGCACCAUCAAUUCAGAUUCAGGAGUUGUGCCUAAACAUUAUUCCUACGUUUGCAAACCUCAUAGAUUAUCCGUCCAUGAAAAAUUCUUUGAUACCACGUAUUAAGACCGCUUGUCUACAAACCUCUUCUCUCGCUGUUCGUGUAAAUUCACUGGUGUGCUUAGGGAAGAUUUUAGAAUACCUGGAUAAGUGGUUUGUACUAGAUGAAAUUCUGCCCUUCUUACAUCAAAUUCCAUCAAGGGAGCCUGCAGUUCUUAUGGGCAUUUUGGGUAUUUAUAAAUGUACCUUUACUCAUAAGAAGCUUGGCAUUACCAAAGAGCAGCUUGCCGGAAAGUGCUGCCACACUUGAUUCCGCUGAGUAUAGAUAAUAACCUUAAUCUCAGCCAGUUCAAUUCAUUCAUGGCUGUGGUUAAAGAGAUGUUGAGCAAGCUAGAGGCAGAGCAUAGAACCAAGCUGGAGCAGCUUCAUGUUAUGCAAGAACAGCAGAAAUCUUUGGAUAUCUCAAGUCAGUUAAAUAUGUCUUCAGAGGCACAAGCUAAUAAGACAAACAAUCAGGUUGAAAAAACAUUUGACAUGGGACAAGAUUUCCUUACUGGUGCCAGUGAAAGACAAGAAAAUGGCCAUGUCCCAAAGCAGCCCAGCAAGGUAUCGCUUACACUUGAAGAGAAGCAAAAACUUGCAAAAGAGCAGGAGCAAGUCCAGAAGAUGAAGAGCCAGCACCCUCUGACACCCACCACAAUGACAGCAGCUGCUCCAGUAAAACAGACAAAGGACCUUACAAAGACACUGAUGGAGAACAUGACCUCUCUCAACAGUCUAUCAAGCGCCAAUGCUAAACCAACCGUGAGUGGCUUUCCUCCUCUCAGUAGCAUGCCUGGAAAUAUUGGAUACCCAGCACCUGUUGAUAAUAUGAGUUUAAAUCGAAAUGUCCAAAAUGGUCUUAACUCAAACAGCGGGUUCCAGCCUUCUGGAUUUGGGAACAUGGCGUCUGGAACUCCUAACCAGAAUUUCUUCACUGGCACGGUCCCCAUGGGAAUGAACAAAAUGGCUCCUAUGCCAACCCCAAAUAGUAUGCAGAACUUCAGUACAAUAAGUAGUCCUGGUGUGCUGCAGCAGAACUCACUCAGCAAGCCUUCUUCUGGCAUGUCAUCAUUGGACACUCUGUUUGGCCCACAAAAAUCCAAAGUGAGUAUGAACCAGAUGUCACAACAGAAACCGAAUCCCUGGCUCAACCAAUUUGUACCCCCACAAAAUUCUCAGAAUAUGACUGGCACAGUGACACAGACAGGCAUGAUGGGACAAACUGGCUUUGGCGUCCAAUCUAACCCAUUUUUUAAUCCUCAAGGCUUUACGCAGCCAGCAACCACAAUGAAAAAUAGCAGUUCAGCUAGCAAUGAUUUAAAAGACCUUUUUGGCUAA